CGGGGGAAGGGAGGCCGCGGGGCCCGGGGCUGCUGAGCCUGCUGCGAUCACACCCUCCCGGUGUAGGUUUAUCAGCCCACCCCUUCCCCCUGGCAAACAAAACCAAAGAAAAGUGCUUUUAGCCGAAAAUCCGCGGUGGUUCUAGUGCUGUCUGUGGGCCGCUGCUCUUGGAGAGCAUCCUCGUGUUCCCAGUAUAAAAUUGCUGGGAUUUUAUGAGGCCGCCCUAAAGCCGCGGAGUCUAUUCCCGCUGGCCUGCUUUUCCUCCUUGGGAUUGUCUGUUAACUCUUCUGGGUAUCUCAAGAAUAGCGUUUCCUCUGCAAAGGUUUAAGUUUGUUUUAUCAUACGAGUUGCUCACUGCCACAAUGAGGCUAGUAAUUCUUGAAGAUUAUGAUCAGGCUAGUGAAUGGGCAGCCAAAUACAUCUGUAAUCGUAUUAUCCAGUUCAAGCCAAGUCAAGGAAGAUAUUUCACGCUUGGUCUACCAACAGGGCUUCCCAGAAAUCAUCCAGAAAGCUAUCACUCCUAUAUGUGGAACAACUUCUUUAAGCAUAUUGAUAUAGAUCCGAAUAAUGCUCAUAUCCUUGAUGGGAAUGCACCAGACUUACAGGCGGAAUGUGAUGCAUUUGAAAAGAAAAUUGAAGAAGCAGGAGGGAUUGAUCUGUUUGUUGGAGGCAUUGGUCCAGAUGGCCACAUUGCAUUCAAUGAACCYGGAUCCAGUUUGUCUUCAAGAACAAGAUUGAAGACUUUAGCAAUGGACACCAUUUUGGCAAAUGCUAAAUACUUUGAUGGAGACUUAUCUAAAGUACCAACUAUGGCGCUAACAGUUGGUGUGGGUACAGUGAUGGAUGCUAGAGAAGUGAUGAUUCUUAUAACAGGUGCGCAUAAGGCUUUUGCAUUGUACAAAGCAAUUGAAGAAGGAGUCAAUCAUAUGUGGACAGUUUCUGCUUUCCAACAACAUCCUCGCACAAUCUUUGUGUGUGAUGAAGAUGCUACUUUAGAACUAAGAGUUAAAACUGUGAAGUACUUUAAAGGUUUAAUGCAUGUGCACAAUAAGCUUGUGGACCCACUGUACAGUAUGAAAGAAAACUGAAAGAAGAUUGAAGAGGAACUCCAUGUGGGUCAGCAGCAACAGUUUUAGGUAGCAGAUGAGUUCACUGCUAUGCAAUAUGCUGAAAACCGUUUAAAAUGGGAAAUCCUAGGUACUGUAUUUUUAAAAAGGUCCAAUAUCUUCACAUUCCAUCUGUUUGCUGUGUUGUGUAUUUUGCUUUAACAUUUGGAGCUCUGCUGUUGGUUGGUACAUCACUAAAUGGAACAGAGCAAACUUGGGAAAGGCUGCAUGUUAUGUGGAAUGAAAAAGCAGAGCACUUACUCUAGCACAGCAAUGUAAUGCAUCUGCCUCAUGUUAGAGAUGAUGACACUUCAUUUCCCAGAAUUUUUAAUUUUUGGCUUGGUUAGUGUAACUACCUUUUACAUUUGUGUCUCAAGGCGGAAUGGUUUUGGCCUUUGUUAAUACUAUGGACUUGUAAUAGUUGUAUAAUUUUUACUAUGAAAUAUUCUGUUUACAUAUAUCUAAUGUACACUGAGCUUUUGCACUUGGUUGCCUUAAAUUUGUCUUAAACAGUUUUUGGGCAUCUCAAGUCCUGCUGUAUAGUUCAGGCAAAUGAAAAGACAAAUGCAGUGCCUAAAAAUGCACAAAAUUCUUGAAAGUUGCUCCAUGGAUAAAAAUAUUAAACUUUACCCUAGCACUUUUUCCUCUCAUGUAUUCCAAAUUACUUUAGGAUUUUUAUAUUUUUGGUAAUCGAGCUUUAUAGAUAAGGAAAAAUGUCAAUGUUCCUUCCUGGAGGUAGCUGUUCAAUUAUAUAACUGGUGUAACAAUUAAAUGCCUGAAGAGAAUUUAAUUUACAGAAUUAUAAUGUCUGCAAAYCAUCAUUUAAAGCCAACUGUUAAUCACUUUUUCACUGUAUCAUUAUAAACAUUGAGCUGUUACAAGGAAUGUUAUUUCCUACUUUGAAAAUAAGUAAAACUUAAAUAUAAAUCUCUUUUUUUUCAAAAUUGUUUCAUUUCUAAUAUAAAUUGUCAUGAGUAAAUAUUUCAGAAUUUCAGGGAGCAAUUAGGCACCAAAGGGGGAAGAUAAGAMUUUACUAAUGAAGACUUUUUUUUGGGGAAGCCCUUGUGUAAAAUACUCACUGGGAAAAGUACAACAAAGUCUAACUUCAACAACUUUCCAGAUAAAUGCCAGGCAUGUAGCCUUUAUUACAAAGSACAUUAUCUCCCAAGGGAUGUGGCAGAGUCUCAUCUAAGCUUACCUUUCUCAUAAAUGGUUGGACCAAAUGGUCUUACAAGGUCCCUUAAAAUCUGGACUGUUCUCUGAUUCUGCAAAAUUAACAAAAGAAUGGAARUCUGUCUAUAGGAGAGUAGGAAGUCAGGCUGAAUGUUUCAAUUCUCAACAGCACAUUGAACAUCCACACAUUUAAAACAGGCUUUCAGCUUUAAGGCUCAGUUUUUGCACUUGUAUUUUUGAAUGAUUUUCUGUUAAGAUAAUCUCUAGCUUACCUUUAGCUUCUGCCUUAUUCCUCAGUAUAAAGCCAGUGCUUUCUUUUAUGUCUAAUUCAAGGGGUGGGGAGGAGCUUGCUUUAGCUCCUUUGAUGCUAGCAUGUAUCACUGCAUCUGUAGUUUCUUGACUGGCUAGCUUUUACAGGGGAGGAAUAAAAUAAAUAUGUUAGAGGGCCAUUAUCCACUGCAACCUUCCUUUCUUCAGGGUCAGUAGAAGCAACUUACGGACCUUUAUUAGAGGUACAGAUACCUUGUUCACAUCCAGAUCUUUGCUUUUUCAGUGCAACUGAAACAGCUUCAAAUUAAAUAAAAAAAACACCAACGAACCACAACCAAACAGAAUAAAAAUCCUCAAUAAACSAUUAAAGCAUCAGAAUUUCCUCUUCCCUUUUUCAGUACUCUGAGAGUAAUACAGGUUGAAAGGGAACAUGUCCUGUUCAAUUCCAUUCCUCCAAAGAUUGUCCCAAUUCAUUCUUGUACUCAGGCUGAAAUAGAACUAAAAGAUCAAAGCGUAGGUACAAGCCUAAUUUAAGAACAGACUUUCCAGGUGAUUGACUACUUUAGUAGGUAUUACUAGCAGUUURUUCUCUAAAAUAUACUUAACAAGAAAUGAAGAGCUCUGUUAAGAGCUAAAUUAGUCCCUGAAARUAAAAACAAUACAGCUUAAAAGCUUUUGGAGGUGGGCAAGCAUUGCAAAUACAGCAUAUAGUGGGGCAACUACCUUGUGUUUGUGAUUGCUUUGUUACACUUCCAAAAGUAACACUUUACACUAUGGACAUUAUCCUGCCACUUUCAACUGAAGACACUUUAGUAUGUGAACAAUGUAAAUAAAACUUCUCUAACUACACCAAGAUAUGCUUUAACCAA